GUCACAAGUUCAGGACGAGUGGGAAUGCGGUGGUGGUUCUGACGGCUCUGAGCAUCGCCGCCUACGCCACCCUUAUCGCGCUGACUCUGAGGUUGGACCACUAGACCCUCCCGACUCGCUGGCAGCCUAGCAAAUCUCUAGGUAAGGCGCUUCUGGCCUCCCUGCGUAACUGCCAAGUGCCAAGCGUAUCGCAGAAUGUUGCUUCCAUCCUCGGCCUAUCCGGCGCCCGGGAUGCGCAAUGGACUUGCAGACCUGCCGAAAGGUUCUCUCUUACAGCCCAGUGGUGCGUGGUGUGGAGGUCGUACACGGUUUAGCUCGUCCCACGGCCAGAUUAUCAGCUAUCCAGGCGUUGUGGGGUCAAGAGAUGUUCCAGGUAACCUUACUAAAUGCUCAGAAUCGAUGUGGUCAGAUCAGUCGGGGUGGGAGGCUUGGCUCUGACUGGAGGGAUCAGAUGGGCAGCAAGGGAGAGACGUGGACCAAUGGGGCCAUCCUGUGCGAGACCGAUGGGGACAAGGUAGUCCGAGAUCGAGCGGAAUCCUUGGCAUGGCUGCGCGGCUGCAACAGAGCCGACCGAAAUGUACAGAUUCAUGCGUAUACCUCGCAUAAGGAAGCGAGAAUCUAUGGGUUCCCGGUCGGGCCGGGGGGGUUUCAGGGCUGGCGGAAUGCCGCCGAGAAGGGAGUGGUUGACACCCUUACCUAGGCCAAGCAUUCUGGGGGUGCUUGUGCCUCCAUCCAUAGUUAAUGCUAGAUGCAAUGACUAUUUGUUUUCUUUUUUCUGUUGCUCUCCGAUCGACGGUGCAGAAUGACAAGCGGGGUCUCUGGUACAGCGGAUAACCGGGAGGACCUUAUAAAGCCGGAGGGUCAUGGCGG